CCCCCGCUCCUCGCUUCUUCUUCUUCUUCUUUUCUCCUUUCCCUUCUCCUAUUCUUUUUAUCUUCUUCAUCUUCUGAACACGACAGCCAUCGUUGCAUUGUUGCUCUCGGCUUUGCUCGCUCGCUCAACUCCCUCCACCACCUCGCCACCACUUGCUUCCACGCCUUGCUACCACACAACAUCCUAACACGGGCUGGCUCUUCCCACGUCUUGGGAUGAAACAACUAGCUUGACCAAUCACCAUCUCCCACAAACCAGCCUGUUUCGAAUCUGCCACCAGCGUGUAGCAGGCCAGCCAAGGCCACAGAAUCGUGGCAGUGCCUUUGCCGCGCCCCUCCCUCAAAACAAGGCGUUUGAAGAUCGUUGCAUGACUGCAGCUGCCGCCUGGGUGGGCUUGUUUGAGCUUUCCACAGCCCGAUCUGCACUCUCUAAUCUCCUACCCUUCUUAAUCCUCUCAGAAGAAGCCUAAAUCAGCAUCGCUGCCUACUGUUGUGCAGCAACGAGACGCUGUAUUGGCCGAACUCUGGGCGACGACAACAUCGCCAUGUCUGAGGUCAUUGACAGACAUAUUCACAUCACAAAUAGCGUUAACUUAUAGCCCUCACUAUGAUGUCCUAUCAGCUUUCAUCCUUCACCACAACUCAUCAUGCGUUACCCUUUGACCAGCCGCAUCUCGACUUCCCAUCAUCAUCACAACAACCCAGUCUGCAAAAGAAUCACCUAUCCGUCUUGAACAAACGCCUACCUCCUACGCCGUCAUCAAGGAGUUUUGAUCCUUCAGAGCUUACAACUGUUCUUGUCGGAUCCAAACAGCGUCCAUUCCAGGUUCAUCGCCGGCUACUGUGCGAUGCGUGCCCUUCCUUUGCCCAGCAGCUGCCUGAGUAUAUGCCAAACGCUGCUGAUACAGAGCCGGUGACACUAUGGCUUCCUCAAGAAUCUGCUACCAUGUUUGCUCUCUUUGUAGAGUGGCUCCAUGACAAGCCUUUCUUCAAGGUCCAUCUCGACGAGUCUGUCCGCAAGGCCAGUGAGCGAGGGGUCCCUAAGCUACUUCUCGACGUCCACUGGACCAUGGUCCGCUUACAUCUAUUCGCCUCCCGCUUACAACUCCAUCAACUGCAAGACUUACUCAUGGACACCAUCCAAGACCUUUAUCUCAAGAGAGAUUGGGACGUGGCUCCCAAUUUGGUCGAGUUCCUCUAUAGGCAGUGUGACGCGCUACCAUCUGUCCGCCUUCGCCGCUGGGCAGUGGCAAUGGUUGCCUUUCGCCUAACAGUCUCCUAUCACAAUACCCCUCUCAACGACGUAGCGGACUGUGACGCCGCCGAGUUCCGUCGUCUCUUCCACCAACUACCUGAAUUCACCACAGACUACGCAAGACACCUACGCAAUAUGCGCGCUGCUGGGUUGGAUGUACGCUUCAAGAACCCUCAGCUGCGUAUCGGAGCCAACAGAUUGGGUAGCGAAGAGCGGAGCUUUGGAUUCCGUCAGUGCUCGUUCCACUCUCAUAGAAAGACUAUUGGACAAGCACGAUGCCUCCACCAGGUGGCUGACGCAAAUGCUGGCGAGAGCAGAGUUGUCAGCGCCAUCUAUGACAUGGGCCGAUCACCACGGCCGCCGCAGAACAACCAUUAUUACCAGAGACAAGAAUACCAACAGACGGAUCAUCUGGGCCCGCCGCCAGGUAUCUUUCCUAGUCGCCCAUGGAUGUCACCAGGAGCAUCGGUGCCGAGCACUGUCGAGGACUGACCCUGCGAGGCCAGCAUAACGAAUGUACAUGUAUAAUGAAACGGCCGAUAUAUUUUAGUUUAUAACCGGGAUGUUGAUCCCAGCUACUUAGCAUAGCAUAAUACAUAGAAUCUAUCUUAAAUAUUGAAUCUCUUUACGUCA